UAGCCCAUUUUGACUUAGUGGAUGUGAUAACUAGUGGUAAAUCCCUUUGAAAGAUUGAUUAACGUUAUGAUGCAGCUUGUGGUGUUGUGCAUAUAAAGAAGUACUAAUGUUCCAUCUUAAAUACUAAAUACAUUGUCCAUCAUCUCUCACGAUGGAGAUUUUGCGGGAUGAUGAAGAACAAGAGCUCAAAUAUAAACGUACGGGUCGUUUGGACAUGAGCCAUGGUUUCUUACACCACAUUCGAAGGAACCAGAUUGCCAGAGAUGACUAUGAUAAGCAGGUAAAGCAGGCCAAUGAGCGUCAGAGGGCCAGGCUCACCACUACCCCCCGACGCCCCCGCCGGCCAGAUAUCCAAGUGUACCAUCCUCGACGUGGAAAUGGAUCUGAGUCAGGAGUGGGUGCAGAGACUGAAGAGUGGAAUGAGAGUGGGUCGAGUACAGAGCCAGAGACCCAUGGAACUGAACUCUUCUGGCUGGACUACCAGGCUGACUCUGGCUGUGUCACCUCCUUCAUUGUACACAAGGAGGACAAGCCAGAGAGGGUGGUGGAGCGUGUAGCAGAGAAAAAUGUUCUGGACUCAGCCAUGAGGGUGGCACUGCAGGCCCGGGUUCGAAAGGAAAUGGAUAAACGUCUGGACAAACGCUGAAGGAAGUGAAUGAAGUUAACAGUGAUGAGAGGGGGGAGGAGGAGUCAGAGGCCUCUGUUUACCCUCCAGCCAACCCUCUUCCUGUAUGUAAUGAAUGCUAGUAGCAGAGGACUACUGUGGACCCACAUUCUGAGGGACUGUUAACCAGGAUCUGAAUGACGUCACACAGCCACGCCGUCCCCUCUGUGCUAGUGUACAACCAUGGGGAAAAGACUGACUUACAGAAGGGUAAAAAUGGAGCCGUCCUCACAUCUCUUGUAUUGGGCUGGCAUCUCUGACCCUGGGUCAUGUCUGUAAGGGGCCCUGUGAAACUGCCGUUGUCUUGUGGUUGAAUGGACCAUUGGCUGUCAAACUGCUCCAAAGGACAGAGCUGAGAACAUGGGCCCCUAUCUGAGCCACACCAGGGUAAGGCUGGGCAGUAUACUGUAUUUUAUAAUAUACCGGUAUUGAUACACGGACUGGUUUGGGGUUUUACUUUAUCUUCUGCAUGAUCAAUGCAGCACAUACAACAAUGUUGAUGACAACAAUGCUGUUUUCAUUUUGCUUCUUAAUAUAAAUCUACAAGCAUUCUAUAAUUACACUUAGUUUCUGUUUCUUACAUCUGUAAACAGCUAGUUUGACUUUUCUUAGCAAGUUGGGACUAAAUCCUGUUAGCCACUAAUGCUAAUUGCUAGCUAGCUAAUAAAUGUACUGAAUCAGAGCAAACGUAAUUAGCUAUACAGCCUGAUAAUACCAGUGAUAGUGUAGACCUAAAACAGCAUGUUUGUGCAACAGUAUCUUCUAAAUCAAAGAGGAAGCAAGAAUGUUAGCUACAUGAAGAAGCUAAGAGAAAACAUCCAAUGUAGCCACAGAUUGAAGGAUUCCCUAGAAACACUUAUCAACACUUUUGUUCCUAGUUUCUACCCUGUCACAAUAACUCCUACCUGGCAUGUUCAUUAAUUGUCAUGUCAAACAACACUGUAUUCAAAGUGCCAACUAUUCUAAUUCUAUAGUUAGAAUAAUAAUCAUUCUUUUUCCAUAAUUCCAUCAGUUCACCCAAGUGUUUUUCUCUAAAUCGCAAGUCAAAUUGCAAUUGCAACAUUUGGUUAAAAAUAAGGCAUAGAUUGUUAGCCCAUAUCGUGCAGCCUUACGUGGAAAUGAUCUCAAAUGAGUGCAACAAAUGCAGAAAGGUAUUAAAAUGCAGAUUUUUUGGGGUGGUGUUGAAGUUCAAUUGAACAGUAUAAAACAAUCCGAAUGGAGAAAGACCCAUUGAAAUCACUUAGAGUGUAUGUGUUUCCACCCUAAAGUCAUACACUACUCAUAAAUAACAUUUUGAGCUUUUAUUAUUCUAAAACAUAAAAUACCGUCCACUAUUUGUUUUUAUACUGUGAUGUGAUAUUUUGGCCAUAUUACCCACCAGAGGCCUCCUUUUUUUAUUUAACCUUUAUUUCAACGAGGCAAGUCAGUUAAGAACAAAUUCUUAUUUUACAAUGACUGCCUACCCCGGCCAAACCCUCCCUUUACCUGGACGAGGCUGGGCCAAUUGAGCGCCGCCCAAUGGGACUCCCGAUCACAGCCAGUUGUGAUACAGCCCAGGAUCGAACCAGGGUCUGUAGUGAGUUGUAGCACUGAGAUGCAGUGCCUUAGACCGCUGUGUGUGGCAGUUUCAAGGGUGCGUGCACACAAACCUUGCAUGUGGCAGUUUCAAGGGUGCGUGCACACAAACCUUGCAUGUGGCAGUUUUCCCGCAAAGGUUGGUAUUUAUACAUUUUGAACUAUUCCCAUGCAAAUCUCAGACCAUGCGUACCCACAACUUCUAGUUGUUGUCUGAUCAACUGUAUUGCAAGCAAAUAUUGUUAUUUUGGGGGAAAUUGAGGUGUUUGAUGCACAGGAAUUAUAAUAAUGGUAGGCUAAUAUCAUUAAAACCUAUAGGCCUAAUUAUAAAACAGAUGCAUUUGUAAUUGGUAAAAAGAUUGCAUAGCAACAUGUCACCCAAUAUAUUUUUUACCUUAUUAUGUAAGCCUAAAUCAUCAUCUUAUUGCAGGGCAUGUCUCUCCUUUUCUGAGAUGCCGCUACAUAAAAUAUAAUUUAAUCUCAACGCCUAUACCACGGAGAUAGACUCACAAUCAUGUAUUGAUAAACAAAAUAUUUCACAACAAUUCAUAUUUUGCAUAGACGUGUGGAUUGUAGGCAGCAUUUACUUUGAAAUUGUUCAAUAGAAAAUCAAUCUUGCAGAAUGCGUGGCCUUUUCUCACUGUAGACGUCAUGCAUUAUUUGUUUAAAAAAAAGUAACUGCAAAAGAUUAAAACAUUCUGCCCACACCUCUACAGAAAUGUGAUCACAUUUGCCAUUGCGCUUUCCUUUAGCAACUAUCACGGCCCAGUUCCAACAUCUCCAAAUAAUACAGCAAAUGAGGGCGUUGUUACCAUAAAAGGUGAAUGGAGGGCAUUUUCCCAGCAGAGUUGUAGCGCUCGUUCACACACACAUAUGGUUUAGCUCUGAUUUACCAAUGAAAACAUGCAUGCAAAACAAACAUGUAUAUGUUCUGUGCGAAUGUUUGAUAAAUCCCAAUAAUUUGUUUGCAUGCAAAUCCUAGAAUCUCCACGUACGCCAGAAUUUAGUUUGAAAUGUAUGCACGUUGAUAAAUGAGGCCCCAAUCCCCAGAAACUGUGACGCCACCCCUGUGAAUGUGUCUUUCACCACACAGUGACAUCCUCUUCCCCAUAGAAAGUGUGCUGUGUUUACAAAAUGUACCUUUUGUUUAUAUGGAUGUGGUUUAAAUCCAUUGGAGGCUGCUGAGGGGAGGACGGAUCAUUUUAAUGGCUGGAAUGGAGCAAAUGAAAAGUCAUCAAACACAUGGAAACCAUGUGAUUGAUGUAUUUGAUACCAUUCCACCCAUUAGGCUCCAGCCAUUACCACGAGCUCGUCCUCCCCAAUUAAGGUGCCACCAACCUCCUGUGUUUACAUUUUAUUUGGCAAAGUGAUGUGACUGGGAUGUCAUUGCAGUUAUGUAUUUUUUGUUGUUUUCAUGAAAAAGUUACCAUGUUGAUUUGCUGUCUGCAGGGUUACAUUUGAGGUCACUGUGACUGAAACGAUAUGGUUGUGUUUUGUGAUGACUCAAUAUGACUAAGGCAGGAGAGCAAAUCAAUUGGUCGUAGCAGAUUCUUGUUUGUGUAAAAAAUGUGCCGUGGUCAUGACUUAUCUAAUUUAUUUUUGAUUGGCCUAUAUGUUCUAAGAGUUAUUUUUUUUAUACUGUCAUUUUCCGGAGAGAUCCUUAUUGUUUCAGUAUUACAUAUAUUAAAUAUUUAUUUUCCAAA